AUGGCGGAGUCCCAUGUCGCCAACGAGCCGCAGCUUGCGCCGCAUGUGACGGCGACCAAUGCGACCAACACGUCGAACAUAGAGGACAUUCGCAAGAGUUACCGCAUCGGCAAGAAGAUCGGUACAGGUCGGUUCGGAACGGUUCACGAGGCGGUUGAUAGGCAAACAGGCGUCCACGUGGCAGUGAAGGCGAUCCCUAAGGAUAAGUACAAAUGCGCCGCGCUGUCGAUCUUCCGCAAGAAGGACAAGGCGGAGGCGGAAUCCACCCUUCGCCUGCUCCGCGGAGAGGCGGAAAUUAGCCAGGCGAUUGGCGGAAGGCAGGGGGACGCGCAAGCGGAAGGACAGGCGGAAGGGCGGUCGAAUGUGGUGGAGGUGUUAUCUGUGAUAGAGGGGCGGCGCCACAUGUACAUAGUCAUGGAGCUCUGCCGCGGCGGCUCGCUCGCUAGUUACCUCGUGAAGCGGCGGCGCGGUGAGGUAACGGGCCUCGCACCUGCUGCCCCGACCGCGAUCGAAUCGUCUGCCGUGGAUCGAGGCCACGCGGGGAACGCAGGGGGGAAGCUAUCGGCGCACGAGCAGGGCGCAGAGUCGGAGGGGGAGGGGGAGGCGGAGGCGGAGUCUUUUGCCCACCGCCUGCGCCAAUUGAGCUCCGACGAUCUCUCCUCAUCUUGCGCUGCGUCUGACGCGGGACGGGAGAUCGACGACGAUCACGACGCGUUGACCGCGGAGAGCCGGCGCGAGGUCGCAAACCACGCAAUCUCCCCCGCUACAUCCUCCGCUACCGCCGGUUAUUCCGCCCUGGCGUUCCUCGAGCGCGGCGCGUUCGGCGCGGCGCGACGGCAGCAGCAGGAGCGGGAGGACGAGGCGGCGUGGGUGGCAUACGAGCUCGCGUCGGCUGUCGCGUACCUCCACUCGCAAGGCAUCGUCCAUCGCGACAUCAAACCAGAGAACGUGCUCAUCUCGCUGCCGCCCCGGUUGGUUCUAGCUGAUUUCGGAUUGGCUGAGAGGGUCAAGGAGGACGGUACAGUGCGACGCGGAAUGGUGGGCAGCCCUGCUUACAUCUCCCCCGAGGUCGCCGGAGGGCUGACCACCGGUUACCCCUCGGAUAUCUGGGGUAUUGGCAUCUGCCUCUUCCUGACCCUUUCUGGCGGGCAGUUACCCUUUUCCGGCCGCGACACGAGGGCGCUUCUGAGAAACAUCCGGCGGGUGGCGCUGCCAAUGGGAACGGCGGCAUGGAUGGGCGUGUCAGGGGAAGCUAAAGCGGUGGUGCGGCAGUUGCUGGCAGCAAAGCCUAGUGAGCGGCCGUCUGCAAGGGAGAUAAUGGAGAUGCCGUGGGUGGUGGAGGGGCGGAACAGGUGGCUUCUGAGGCACUACGGGCAAUAG